GAAAUGGGUAUUACACUGCAGUUGAUUACCAGCACAACUAACGGUAAAGGAAGUAAAAUAUUCAGCAAUAUAAAGCUACCAGAUAUUCAGGUUUACAGCAAUCGAACAUCUACAAUACAGUCAAUGUCUACGACAACAAUACCAAUCCAAGAUUGUGCAACAAAGUCAACUACGCACACAUUUCCAAAAACCACAACUAUGACAACUAUGACAUCACAACUUAAAGAUUCAAUGACAAUGACAAAUUAUGGUACAGCAACAAAAAUAACAACGGUAACCAUGACGUUAUCAUCAACAAAAACUGCAACUCAAACAUCAGCAAGAAACAUACUUACAACGCCAACUAUAACAUCAUCAAAUAAUGAAUCAGUGCGAACAACAACACAGUCAACAAUGAAUUCAACACUAUCAGAUUGUUUUGGAAUCAACAGAAACAACAAUGAAGCCUUAAAUUCCAAACAAAAUUGCGACCUAGUGGUUACCUCAACAUCUGAACAGUUUACAGUCCCGGGCUUUGUAUUUAUUGUUGUUGUUUCAGUCUUAGUGGCAGUCAUUGUAACGGUUCUUUUGAUUUGGAGAUGGCGUUUAAGAUCCAGCAAGUACAAGAAAUCGGAAACCAGGAAUGGCAAUUCGGAUGUAUCCUGUAAUAAAAAUCACACUGCGGCAGAAAGCUCUGAGAGAAAACACAUGGGUGGUGUAUAUGAAAACAGUGAACAAACUGCCUACGAAAACGAUUAUACUUAUACAAAUAUUACCGAAUUAGAGGAAAGUAUACCAAAAAACAAUUCACAUAUGAAUGAGAACUUUUACCAAAAACUGGGUGACGCCGAAACUCGUUUUUACGAACAGUUGGGAGAAAAUAAACCUAAUUUGUACGAACACCUUGAAGAAAACGAAACACGUUUAUAUGAGCAAUUGGCUAAAAACAAACAGUGUAUUUAGAACAUAUGUCCAUUUCAAUAUUUUUGUGUGUGUGUUUAUUUGAAUCUAUAAGUACAUUUGCCUAAGAACCAACGAUUCUUGAAAAAUCAUAACUUUUUACAGGAAUUUUGAACUAUUAUUAGCUAUAUUGUGUAUGCUACAUUUCAUAAAGUUACAAUUCCUUGACAAAGUCCUGUCUCAUACAACCCACAAAUAUUUAUUUUAAUAAAAUAUUAACGAUUAAAAAUAUCAACGGCUGCUUAAAGUAAGCUUCCUGAUAUGUUAUUAUUGAUUGAUAAUGUUUUUUUUUCAAAAAUAGAAAUAUAUAAUGAGUGAAAGGCCUUCCAAGUAACAAUAGAAUAUUGUGAAAGAUCAAACACGUGAAAUUUAAAACCCCCUAUAAUGCCUUAUAGUCUAUUUUUUAAAUAUAUAAACCACACAC